AUGCUCAUUAAAUAAGAUGCAGAAGUUUUAUAGCAUUCAUAACUAUUUUCUUAGAGUAAGUAAAAUAUAUAAUUUAAUAGUUAAAUUAAUUAAAUAAAAAUAUAAUUAGAUGAAAUAAUUCAUUCUAAAUUAGAUCUUUAGUCAGGGCAUACGACUUUGAAACCUUUGGCCAGUAGCAAAAGUUGUAAUAGUUGCACUAUUAUAAGCAACUAAAGUAAAAAAAUAAUAUUUAUAAUCUAUUUAAGUAAAAUUAACUUUAUUUUAAAGAAGUAAAAUAGAGGAGGAAUAGUAAAAGGUUAUCUAUUUUUUUAAAUGAAGAUAUACCAUAAAAUCCUAAAAAAAUAAAAGGUAGGCUAUCAUAUAUUAUAAAUCAAACAGAAAAUAUGUAUGAAAAUCUUCCAAGAAUGCAUAGAAAUAGUAAUUUUUCAGUUCAAGCUCAAACAAGAGGCUAAGAACAGGAGUCUUUUUCUUCAAAAGCAAUAAUUACAGAAAAUGAUUCUCAAAAUAAAUAGCUCUUUUAACAAAUUUAAACUUAAAAAAGAUUUUAAGAAAUAAUUUAGGAAGAAUAAGAUGAUGCAUCAAUUUAAAGCAAGUAAAUAGAUGAAAAUUCAGAAAUUCAAAAUAAUAAAUAGGAAGAUUAAAUGA